GUCUUUGGCUCACUCACUCACUCACCGUCAUCAUGAGGACUCUGGUUGUUUUGGCAGUGAUGGGCGUGUGCUCCGCCUCCACCUAUCAGGCCUACAACCAUGGCCACCACUACGGCGUCCCCGUCCAGCCCAGGUGGAGGGGUCCUGUGGCUGCCACCGUCCCCGCCGGCGUCGACGGCAAUAUCAUCCAGGUUCCUGACACCUACGAAGUCGCAGCCGCUAAGAAUGCUUUCUUCAGGGCCUACCAGAACCAGCUGGACACUAUUCGUUCCCGUCGUUAUGGUACCCCAGGCUACGCCUCCGUUCCUCCCGCUUCUUACGCCCCUGUUGUCAACACCUACACCCAUUCUCAUUCCUACGGUGUGCCCUCCCACUCCUAUGGUGUACCCCAUACCACCUACAACGUCGCCCCCGGCCCGGUCCGGGACACUCCAGAGGUGGCCGCCGCCAAGGCUCAGUUCUUUAGGAUCUUCGAGAGGCAGGCAGCAGCUGCAGCCGCGGCACCUGACCACUACACCCACUACUGAGCUGGACUGUCACAUCCCACGCUUAUGUAGAAGACGCUUACUUAAUAAAACAACUGCAGCAUUC